UUUGUACACGGAAGCAGGAACAGGUUGUCACUCACCCGCACUCACCAAGGGUUGUCAACACCUCCUCCGCCAUAGUCCAGCCAACCUGUCGACCUGCAUUUAUCAACGCGUAUUGUGGCGUGAGCUCAGAGAAUAGACAGGUUGAAUUAAUUUGGUUUGUGUUUUUCUAUCUCUGCGCAGACACGAUGAGGACGGUUUUCCUGACACUCACAAUAUGUCUGUGUUUCUGCCUUGUCAGAGGGGCUCCAGCAAACUCUCCCAAGAACCCAGAUUCACCCCUCAAGGAAAGCAAACCAGAUCAGUUAGAUAAUAAAGAAAUGGAGGAAACUGAUGGGAGUUCUACAGGAAAGAGAGUAGGGGUCAACGUACCAGAUCUGACCAAAUCGCCAGCUCCUGAAGUCAAGUCAGAAGCAAAAAAGAUAACCGGCAUACCAGACCCGGAAGUCACUAAGCAAGGGCUAGCAAAGACACCAAGUCUGGAAAGUCCUGGGGAAGAUGGCGGCAACAAAGCAAAAAAUGUGAAUAAUUUGGUGCCUUUUUCGCCAGCCGAUCCAAAAAGUCCCUCUGACAAAGAGACGAAGGUUGGGACAACCAAGGAGCCCGCAAGCACGCUGACAGCCGGCGCAGGGGAUGCAACAGCACAAUCUGCAGCUACCGCGGAUAACAAUGCACGGACGCCUGCAGAGUCUGGAGGGAAAGACGAGGAGCCAGAAGGAGACAACGCCAAGAAGGACGAGAUGGAAGGAGACGGUGAGGACAAGACAGAAGGAGACAAAGGCCAUGAGGACAAGACAGAAGGAGACAAAGGCAAUGAGGACAAGACAGAAGGAGACAAAGGCAAUGAGGACAAGACAGAAGGAGACAAAGGCGUUGAGGACAAGACAGAAGGAGACAAAGGCGUUGAGGACAAGACAGAAGGAGACAAAGGCAAUGAGUACAAGACAGAAGGAGACAAAAGCAAUGAGUACAAGACAGAAGGAGACAAAGGCGAUGAGGACAAGACAGAAGGAGACAAAGGCAAUGAGGACAAGACAGAAGGAGACAAAGGCGUUGAGGACAAGACAGAAGGAGACAAAGGCGUUGAGGACAAGACUGAAGGAGACAAAGGCAAUGAGGACAAGACAGAAGGAGACAAAGGCGUUGAGGACAAGACUGAAGGAGACAACUCCAAGGAGUACAACCUCAAAGAAGAGGACUCCAGAAAUGGAGAAGCAGGAGGGAGAAGCCCGUAUGACCCGUCAGAUUUAAAGGACGAGGCAGAAAGCAGUCACUUCUUUGCCUACCUGGUCUGUACGGCUGUGCUGGUAGCGGUGGUUUACAUCGCUUACCACAACAAGCGCAAGAUACUUGCUUUUCUUUUGGAGGGGAAGAAAUCCAAAUCUACGCGUCGACCUAAAUCAACAGGAUACCAGAAGCUGGAGCAGCAUAUGUAAUCUCGACUCUCUCUCUCUCGAAGCCAUUGAGCCUCGCGCUGCUGACCACACAGAGCUAUGUGCUAUGUGAGAAGAAAGUGAACGGAUUCUGGCGUUAGAUAUUUCGGCGUUGAUUUCACCCUUUUGCUAAACAGACAUUCUUCUCUUUUAUACCCGUAGAUGCUCAUCAUAUGACUAUGCAGAUUACUCUGUUGCCUUAUUGAGGGAACUAGUGAAAUGCAGUGAAGGUAAAAAAUAAGCAUGCUGUUUUUGGCACUUGUGUCGUAAUUCCACUUUUAAGGCGAUCUUGUAAUUAGACCUGAUUAAGGUCCGGACUCAGGAUAUUUCAGUAGCAGAUAAAAAUAAUAUAAGCGUU